AAACAUCCAAUGACAUGUGGAAGUCAAACCGAAGCUCUUUCUAGUCUUGACGAACAACAGAGUCGACGUCUGUCAUGUCGAAAGAAGAAAAAGGAGCAGGCAGUCCAGAGGCGCCUACCCUCGAUUCCGAGAUCAAUCUGGGCCGUGGACCACGAGCCACUAAGCCCAGAUGGAAGACCGGCGGCAGCAAUGACAGCGAUGGCGGCAGUAGUGGUAGCGGCGGACACACUGACACGGGAUCCCCCAAAGAGAAGAUCAAGUGGAAGGCCGACGAGAAGCCCAAGAAGGAGCUGAACGAUCCACGCUUUCGCAUCCGACCGCUGCAGCAGGUGGUCUCCGCCUGCACGGGGGCCAUGAUUACGGCCCUCUUCAUGACGCCCCUGGACGUGAUCAAGACGCGCAUGCAGACGCAGCAGUCGCCCUCGAGCAAGUGUUUCUUCUACUGCAACGGCCUGAUGGAUCACCUCUUGCCCUACCACCCCAAUGGGCCCCAGCAGCCGCCGAAGCCGCUGUUCACCAAUUCCCUGGACGCCCUGUUCAAGAUCAGUCGGAAUGAGGGACCUUGUGCAUUGUGGUCGGGCCUGGGACCCACUCUGGUGUCCGCCCUGCCAUCGACCAUCAUCUACUAUGUGGCCUACGAGCAGUUCAAGGCAAGGUACAUCCAUAUCUACGAGCAGUACUUCAAGGAGAAAGCCGGCGUAGUGGCAACAAUGUCCUCCAUCAAUUCGGGAGAUCUUCCACUGCCUGUGGUGGUGCCCAUGCUUUCUGGCGUGACGGCUCGGAUCUGUGCCGUGACUGUUGUCAGUCCCAUCGAGCUGGUGCGCACCAAGAUGCAGGCCCAGCCCAUGACCUAUGCCCAGAUGAUGGGCUUCGUGAGGAACGUGCUUGCCCUGCAGGGAAUCUGGGGGCUGUGGCGCGGACUUCCGCCCACAAUUCUCAGAGAUGUGCCCUUCUCGGGGAUCUACUGGCCCAUCUACGAGCACACGAAGCGGACUUUCGGCAGCAGCACUCAGCCCUCCUUCGGACUGAGCUUCGUCUCUGGGGUGCUGGCGGGAUCGGUGGCUGCGCUGGUCACCACGCCCUUCGAUGUGGUGAAGACCCACGAACAGAUCGAGUUUGGGGAGCGCGUGAUCUUCACGGACUCCCCGACGAAGGAUGUGCACAAGCGAUCCACCUUCAGCUGGCUGAUGGCCAUCUACCGCUCGCAGGGAUUGCCCGGACUCUUCGCCGGCUACGGGCCCAGGCUGUUCAAGGUGGCCCCCGCCUGUGCCAUCAUGAUAUCCACCUUCGAGUACAGCAAGUCCUACUUCUUCAACUACAAUGUGCGGCAGCACAACGAGACGCUGCUGCUGAACAACCCCAAUGCCACGCUGGUGGAAGAGGACGACAUCGAGUAGCAGUCGUCUCCAUGGGAAUCCCUGUGGCAGUGGGUUGCCCUUUGUAAAUAAACGGCGCUUAUUUUAUGUAAACCCAA